AGUGGCGGCAGCAGUAGCAUCCAUGGGAGGGUUGGUGCGCAGGGCCGAGUGUCGAUCUCUCUGUCUAACACGGACGACAUUGAUCGAGCCUUGCGCGCACCGAUGAUUUUAAUGCUCCUGCUGCCCCAUUCUUAGCCCGAUCCCCGAAAAAGAGAAAAAAGUGCGAAUAGAACGCGCACACCGCUCACCGUAAAUGUCGCGAUUGAAAAUUCGCGAUUAAUACGAAAUCGAAGGACGACUCGCGGUCCUUUUACGAGUGGUAGUCGAACCAUGCGCGCUCGCGUAGUUUAUUAGUAAUGAUUUGAACUUUUGAUCAAUCCUUUGGACAAUAAUAACUAAAGUAACGAUUAAUUCAUGAAGUUUCUUUGCACAAGUGCCUCUAAAACGCUUAGACUAGAAAUAUUAACGCCGGAGGGAAGAGGAGCCGCCGAGAGUCCUCGCCAAUCAACGCUGCGCUACGUCAAACUCAAUCAUUCGCUCGCUUUCCCGAUAACUCGAGUGUGAACCCUGACACCCUGAAAAACAAAAAGCUUUCUUCCACCCGCACGGAAAAUUCGAAAUGGCGAAUUUUCGUGGAUUCACCAUUCCCUCGUUGGGUGGAUCUUUGAGCGUCGCUUGGGAAACGAUAAAGGCUAAAUGGCCGGAGAAUAGCCCGUGCAUGGAACUGAUCCGAGGCCCCGCUCCUGGGUACGGUCAUCAAGCGCAGGGCCAGCGCGCCGACGGCGGAGGCGAUUUUCAAGCUUUCGGCGAAAAUGGCGACAACACCGAAAUGCGAACGAUGAACGGGGAAGAGGAUUUCGGGCCUCGGAACAACGCCACCGUCGCCGAAGAUUCGUUCAGCUACCAAAGGAACGGGGACAAAGUAAGAACGGGGAGCGUGAGCAGCGGUGGAUUCAGCGAGUACGACGAAGGCGGCGGCGGCGGCGAGUUCGGCGGUCCCGGUGUCAAGAUAAACGAAUGGCAAGCAGCUUGGAACGUGACCAACGCUAUCCAGGGAAUGUUCAUCGUUUCGCUGCCGUUCGCGGUACUGCGCGGAGGUUAUUGGGCGAUAGCGGCAAUGAUAGGGGUCGCUCACAUCUGUUGUUACACCGGAAAGAUCCUGGUCGAGUGUCUGUACGAGCUGGACACGGUGACGGGUCAAAGAGUCCGAGUGCGAGACUCGUACGUGGCUAUCGCGAAAGAAUGUUUCGGCCCGCGGUGGGGAGCGCGAGCGGUAAACAUAGCACAAAUAAUAGAAUUAUUGAUGACGUGUAUAUUGUACGUGGUGGUGUGCGGUGAUCUUAUGAUCGGAACCUUUCCCGAGGGUGCGAUAGACACCCGGAGCUGGAUGAUGCUGAUCGGUAUAUUUUUGAUACCCCUCGGCUUUUUGAAGUCGCUGCACCACGUCUCGGUAUUGAGCUUUUGGUGCACGAUGGCCCACUUGUUUAUAAACGCGAUAAUACUCGGCUAUUGCAUCCUCGAGAUCGGGGACUGGGGUUGGUCCAAGGUCAAGUGGACCAUUGACAUGGAAGCAUUUCCGAUUUCCCUCGGAGUCAUUGUCUUCAGUUACACAUCACAAAUAUUCCUGCCAACAUUGGAGGGGAAUCUGAUCGAUCGAUCGAAAUUUGACUGGAUGUUGAACUGGAGCCAUAUUGCUGCAGCCGCUUUCAAAUCACUGUUCGGCUGGAUGUGCUUUUUGACCUUUCAGAGCGACACCCAACAGGUCAUAACGAAUAACCUCAACUCGCCGAGCUUCAAGGGCCUCGUUAAUUUUUGCCUCGUUGUCAAAGCCAUGCUCUCGUAUCCGCUUCCGUAUUACGCCGCGUGCGAACUACUCGAGAGAGCCUUCUUUCGCGGACCACCCAAAACCGUAUUCCCGACCAUUUGGACCGUCGACCGCGAACUCAAGGUUUGGGGCCUCGCUUGGCGAGUCGGGGUUAUCACCUUCACCAUUCUCAUGGCCAUCUUCAUUCCUCACUUCAGUAUUCUCAUGGGCUUCAUCGGCUCCUUCACCGGCACCAUGCUCUCCUUCAUUUGGCCGUGUUAUUUCCACCUCAAACUCAAAAGGAACUCCAUGGAAUGGUCCGAAGUCGCUUACGAUUGUUUCGUCAUCGGACUUGGCGUUCUUUUUGGCGUUAUCGGGGUCUACGACUCUGGCAAAGCUCUCAUCAAGGCUUUCCAAAUUGGUUUACCUUUUUAAAUUUAAGUUCCUUUCUCCGUGGGGAACCGCGAACUCGCCCUUCCAACGAGAGCCGCGCCCUUCAUUUUUCUUUCUACUUCAUUUAUCAUCCCCGGUUACUUUCAUAUCUCUAGGCAUAUCAAAACGUUACGAACGAACGUCCCGUUGUUGUAACGGACGUGCGCGGCCUACCGAGUUUAUCAUCAUUCGUUGCGGCACAAACUUUUGACCGAGCUCGCAACGUUUGAUCAUCCCUCUGCGAUCGAAACAUUCGUUUCCACACGCUAACCUCACUAAAUACCGAGCCGCGCUACGGUCACACGAAACAAUGAGGAGAAAAAGUUGAUUGUUAGGUGCAAAGUAUACGCUGGAUAAGAAAAAUUCUGUUUUUCGGGCGCCAUGGAGGGUGCCGUGAUUGUGACGAUAAUCGAUGUCUUCCAAAUGAAUCAAAGAUAUAUAAAUAUUGCAGAAACUAGAGAAAAAGAAGCUCACGGAAUCUACACGAAGCAACGGUGAGACCCCGACAAAUAUUAAAGCGCGUUAUACACGGGGGAACAUGGGCCGAAUGAACACACUUUUCGUUUCGCAUCGAGUCAAAUUCGGGGCAAAAUCAACGCGAGACAAAACUGAAAUUCCGGGAAAAUCAGCUUCGAAAACAACCGAUUCGCGAAGUUCGAGAACUUCCUCGACUUUAACGACUUUAACCCUUCGCCUUCGAUAGUCGCGCUACCUCGCCAACGCUCGUUAGUCGCGGUCGCGGGACGAACUCUCUCACAGCCAAUUCCUAUGUCACGCUCCCCUCCAACCGCGCCGAAUACUGCCGAACACCACACUGGACAGCGGCCGAAUCGACCCGAACCAUGCGUACUCACCAACCGUCAACCGAUUUUAGUGGCGCAGCGACACUACGCGGCGGUACGGAAAAAAAUAUUUUUUUUACAGAAAAAAAAUGUUUUUUUUUUCAUAAUUUUUUGACCACCAUUCUAAAGUAUAUCGAUUGUUUGACAAGUAGAAAAAAAAUUUAGCAUAUUCUCCCAUUUUUCAGAUAGUUCCCUAUACCAUGAAAAAAGUGUGAAAGUCUCAUGACGCGACUAUCGCGAAGGGUUAAACAAAGUUGAAAGCCCUCGUGUGCUGAUUGGUGAAUUUUAUUGAAAAUCUUGAACGUUCACUCUGCUCCGUGUUCCCCUGCAUAAAUUAUUAUUGUUGCUUAGGUAACCACUGAAUUUUAUAAAUGUAUUACACGAAAGAAAAAUGAUUUUUAUGUAGUCGCGAUAACUAUACGAGACAAUAUUAAAUCAAUGAGACGACGCCCGCGGAACCGUCAUGCCGAAAACUCCUCAUUUUUUCUUCGCCGCUGAAACUUGGUUCCAGAAUAAUUGAGUUUUCGCUUCACAUCGCCGAUCCUGGAUACCAGCGAUCCGCUAUUUUUUCUUCUCUUUUUUCGAAAAUUUUUAUCAUUCUAGAAUUUUCGUCGUUCAGUUUUGGCGACUUGCUCGAUGGAAAAAAAGUGAGAAAAUAUGAAAAAACCAAAGUUCAACUAUCGUCUUUGGUGCAAAACAAAUGAUGCAAGGGAAAUAGAAAAGGUGAUGCGGAAAAGAACGAGGGAGCGUACAGCGCGGGCAUGACGGAUGACGGUGAAAAUUUCCGCAAGAGAGAACGAUGCGAUAUUUUUAAGUAAUUCAAACAAACGAUCCAACGUCUUCCAUGACUUUCCUCCCGGGGGGGAAAGAACUGCUGUAGGAUUGAGAUAAUAUAUGAGAGAAAAAGGAGAUUGAUAUGAGCGAGAGUAAAAGAAUUGAAAUGAUACAAAAUAUCUAACGUGAAGCCGGAAGGACUUUGCUCUCGUCGCGUUCACCAUUUACAUUCGAACGGUUCGAUCCAAUUUGAUGGAAACGCAUAAAAACCUGGAUAUUUCGAAGAGAUAAAAACGAAGCACGAGCGGCUGACGCGGCACUUUAUAUCGCCGUAAAACCGAACCAAAGUCCUUCGCUCGACAGGUUCGGGCACCUAAAACUUGUAUCAUUUGAAUGAUCACUGUUCAAACGUACAUAAAAGUGCACUUGUUGAGAAAAUAUAAAUGAUUUCAUCAUGAGAAUGUACAAGUUCAAAUAAUCAUCGCGAUCGCAUGCGCGCGAUGAAAACUCGAGCGCGAAUAAAUACCAAAAUUCCAAUAUCAAGUCGCGACGACACGAACCGCAACACAAAAAUAUAUAAUGAUGAAAAAUUUGAGAAACAAACAAAAGAUUUAAAAAAACAAAACAAACUCGUUUAUAAAUAUGUGAGAAUUAUCUUCGUGAUGAAACCUUCAUAGUCUUCCAAUAAAAAAUGUCUUCCAGAACGACGAAAUAUUAUAUAUCUAUUAAUAUAUUAAUAUUUAAAUAUAUAUAAAUAUAUAUAUCACAUACAAUGACGUCCAAUUGGAAGGAGUUAUCGAAAUACCGGUUCAAGCCGAUCGGUGUCGCUCGCAAUUGGACGUGUAUUAUGUAUAUAAACACACAACACGAAUAUACACAAAAGCGUAUACAAGGGGCGAAAGAAAUAAAAAGAGUCUUCCACGCGCUCGUUUUGGGCGAUAACUUCCGAGAACUAUUUCGUUCGAAUGAUGCGCUCUUCCAAUUUCGGAUCACAACAUCAAAUAUAUCCGUAUUAAUCGAACACGGAACAUCGCUUUUUUCCUUUCGUAGCAUAUCAGAGGCGGAAGUGAGGUUCCUCGCUCGUGAUUGUGCCGAAAUUCAGAAGAGAUUUACUCGAGAAUAAAUAUCAACGAUUGAAAUGUGAAAAUUUCACGGAUAUUCGGCGACACGAGUCGCGGUAGCCAGAAAUUUAUUCUUAAGAAACAACAAUAGUUAUUCUUCAAAACAUAUACACUCGACCUCUAAAAACGUAAGGGCGACCCGACCGCGGCCACAUCGCACUUAUAAAUAUAGUAUAUUGCGCAAAUUGCCUAAAAGUGCGUACUGCGCAGGAGGCGUUCCUCUUGACAAUGCCGUGAGGGCCCGAGCGCUUCCCCCACUACCAUCCAUGUCGACCGAUAUUCGGCCCAUAGUGGGGGAACUUGCGCUUUUAGCGGUGUAGUGUAUAUACAAAAUAUAUAUAAAAAGCUGUAAAUGUAUGUUAAGAAAACUUGGAGCUUAGAAAUCGAGCGAUUUAUUUUCCCAAGAAUUCAUUUUUCUUGGUUUCGAAUGGUGCAGUUUAUAGGUUUAUGGGGAAACUUUGAUGCCGUAAUUGUUUGAUUUCGUUGAGUUUGAAAUGAAAGUGUGAACUCAUCGAUUCUGUUCGUUCCUCGUAAAUUGUGAAUUUCUCGGUUUUUCAAAGUCUAAAGUGAAAAUAUUCAGAAUUCUUUAGGGAGUGGAUUAAUGGGAGAAAAAAACGCUCGGUCAAGCGUCAAUGUAAAAUUUGCUGUGUAAUCGAUUUGUGUACGUUAUAAGGAGAAAUGAGAGCUGCGCGUCCGACAUAAAGGAUGAAAUCGUUGAAAGGAUUUUAGCUCGAUCGAAGUUUACGCGUUUGAGCGACGUGUUUUUUUAUUUUAUUUUUUUUCUCGAAAAUUUUCGAGCGGUUAAAUAACGUAUGAGUAGGUAAAGUGUUUGAGUUUCGUUGGUAAUUAGUCGAAAUAAAACGUUCGUCAAAAUAUGAUUGUUUAUUCGAGUCGCUUGAAAAAUCGAUUUCGUCGAAUGUUGUAUACCGUUGACAAUAAAUAACGUAGAUCCGCGUUGUCCAAGGAGCCGCGGAUGCGACUCGAGGCCAAUUACGCACGCAACACGCAUACCUACUAACAAAUGCGUGUGCGAUGAAAAUUAAGAAAAAUCAUUACAAAUACGGGCUUCGAUUGUAAUGCGAGAAACAAACAAUAAUACAUUCGUGAAAUUUGU